AUGGCUGUACCUUCAUGCCUCCCAUCGACAUUCUCGUCGCUUGCAAUCCCCGGUGCAUCGAUCAACAACAUCUCAGCAGCCGUGGUGACCAACUACACUGCCUCCGCACCACUUUUCUCAAAGCCAAACCAUGGCGCCAUUGGUCCCGUACAGGUAGAUUUCUGCAACGUCACGGUUUCGCACAAACAUGAUGGUCACGACGAGGCUAUCCUAACCCAGGUGUGGCUACCAAUUGAUACCUGGAAUGGUCGACUACAAGCCACCGGCGGCGGCGGCUUCAUCACCGGCCUUGGAGCAGAAUACGUCGUGCAGAUGGACGGUGCAAUCGCAGAGGGAUAUGCUGCUGCUGCCACCAACGCAGGCAUAUACGCAGUUCAGAGCGGGGGAGACGACGUUGCCUCGUGGGCGCUAGAUGAUACCGGGAAGAUCAACAUGCACAAGCUCGAAGACUUUGUGUAUCGCAGCCUGGGCGAUCUUAGUGUGAUUGCGAAAGAGACGAUCAAGCUUUUCUACGACGAAGAAGCGAAGUAUACGUACUUCAGCGGGUGUUCGAAGGGUGGCCACCAGGGCUACGUGCUCGCGCAGAGCUUUCCCGAUGCAUUUGAUGGGAUUGCGGCGGCUGCACCUGCGCUGUUCUGGGACCACAUGCCGCAAUGGUAUUGGAAGUCACAGGUGAUGAACACGAGGAAGGAGUAUCCGUGGCCCUGCGAAUUGGAUGCGUUGCGUUACGGGGCUUUGGAAGCGUGUGACGAGAUCGACGGAGUCAAGGACGGCGUGCUCCAGGAUCCGGAUGCGUGCAAUUUCGACCCUUCGACGCUGCUCGGAAAGUCGAUAAAUUGCACUGAAGCUGGUAGGUCUGUGAAUAUAUCAGAGCUAGCGGUAGAAGCAGUCCGCGGCGAGUGGACGGGUAAAACUCCCUGGGAUGACCUUUUCGAAAGUCAAACGGCUGGCUACGACGUCGAUUUCCAAUUUGGAGGUACCGUCUGCACCAAUGGUACUUGCGCUGCAAAUCCUUUCCCUUUCACCAUAUGGUGGCAGAAAGUUUUCGUCAAGAAGGACCCUUCGUUCGAUCUGGUAAACAUGACAGACGAGGAUUAUGUGGCAAUAGUAAAGCAAAGCGUCGAGGAGUAUGAAAAUGUUAUCGGCUCUCCUGACGCCGACUUUUCUGCUUUCAAUAAAGCUGGCGGAAAGCUUCUUACAUACCAAGGAAUGUCUGAUCCAGCGAUCACCUACCGAAACACACGUCGAUUUUACGAGUCUGCCUUACAAGUGGAUCAAUCUAUCAGUGAUUACUACCGACUGUUCGAGGCUCCAGGAGUUGGGCACUGCGCUGGGGGAAGGGGCGCUUAUCCCCAUAGCACGUUCGAUGCUCUUGUAGAUUGGGUAGAGAAUGGCAAAGCGCCAGACACGUUGGAUGCAACAAGUGCUCCCAAUGAGGAAGGUGAGGUGAUCAAGAGGACCCUUUGUGCAUACCCGAAAAGGUCGGAAUAUCAAGGAGAGGGCGACCCGAACGAUCCAGCAAGCUGGAUCUGUGUAUGAGGCUGUAGCAGUAGUCUGGCAGAUAGAAAACAAAUAAAUGAAGCCAUACGAUUUAUUACUUUGGCUAU